AUGCUCGUGCAUAAAAGACGAAGUAAAAAGUUUUACACGGCACUGCAGGAGUCAACAAAGAAGAGUAAAGAGUCUAAUAAUGUAGUUGCCCUUGCGUUUGACUAUAUACAAAACUUACAGCUUCCAAAAAUACCAGUACAGGAUUUAUUCAAUUUAAGACAAUUAACAGUAAGGGUUUUUUGCAUCCACAACAUGAAGACUGACCAAGUUGUUUACUUCAUUUAUCAUGAAGGUUGUGGCAAGAAAGGCCCUAAUGAAGUAUGUUCCUUCCUUUACCAGUUUAUAAAGGAAUAUAUACCUAAAAGUGUGAGGAAACUGCGUCUCUUUAGCGACAAUUGUCCUGGUCAAAACAAAAAUAACUACCUGAUUCGAAUGUGCCUGUUCCUGAAAGAUUCCGGCAGAUUUAAUGAUAUUCAACAAUACUUUCCCAUUCGAGGACACUCGUUUCUGCCUUGCGAUAGAGACUUUGGUAACAUUAAAAGAAAGUUAAAAAAAGUCGAUUGUGUUAAUACCAUACGUCAGUAUAUAAAAAUUAUAGCAUCUUCCAGCAACAAACAUAAAUUUCUAAUCCAUCUUGUGGAUGGAAAGGAUAUAGUGAAUUUUAAAGACUGGUGGCUUGGACUUUAUAAAAAAACAGCUAUUUCUAUUGGAACUUCUCAAAGAGGUACUCCAAGAGAUAGAAAAGUUGCGUUUACCAUCAGCAACUUUCAUCAGUUUUCCUUCUGCAAGAAUGAUGGGAAAGGUGUAGUACUUGCCAAACACUACAUUAAUGGAUUCGAGAAACACACAUUUUAUCUAGGACUUUCCAAUGUUGUAGCUGAACCUAAAGUAUUUUGUUACCUAACAGGAAAACUUCCCAUAAAAUCAGAUAAAAUGAAUCACAUAAAGAAAUCGGCUAAAUAUGUGAACGACGUUGAAGGAACAAAAGAAUUUUGGGAUAAUAUUUUUAGUUGGCCUAUUAUAAAUUAA